AUGGGCGGGCGGAUAGGGAGGGGUGAUGGGCCCAGGACCGGGCCAUGUGGGGCAGGAGGGUUGGGGAGGGAGCAGCUACCCCACGCCCGCGCCCCCACAGCUGCCUUGCUGUACCCAUCCGGUGUGGAGCUCGGGGAUCGCCGCACGCCGCUUGCUGACGAUGGGGCAUCCCCGCCCGUGCCACUCUCUGUGCCCUUCCACUUCUACCGCCGCACCUACCACACCCUCUACGUGAACAACAAUGGACUGGUGUCCUUCGGGGCGCCCGAGACCCAGUACACGUCCGACCCGUUCCCACUGCCCGACGGCCGCGCCCUUGUGGCCCCAUUCUGGGCGGACGUGGAUGUGCGGGUGGCGGGCCGGGUGCUGUACCGCCAGUCUCGUGCCCCUGGGAUCUUGGCCCGCGCCACGGCUGAUGUGGGCGCUGCCUUCCCCCACCUGCCCUUCACUGCCGCCUGGGUCUUCGUGGCUACCUGGGACCGUGUGGCCUUCUACGGGGCCACCGUCGCCAAGGUCAACACCUUCCAGGCAAUGCUGGUCAGCGACGGACGACUCUCCUUCAUCAUCCUCAACUACGGGGACAUCCAAUGGACCACGGGGGCAGGCAGCGGGGGGGACCCCCGCAGUGGCCUGGGGGGCAUCCCCGCCCAGGCUGGGUUCAACAGUGGGGGCUCACGGCUGUACUUCAGCCUGCCCGGCUCACGCACCCCAGCCAUCGCCCAUGUCGGCGCCACCAGCAAUGUGGGGCUCCCGGGCCGCUGGCUCUUCCGAGUGGACGACUUCUCCUUGCCCCACGGCUGCGUCUACAACGAUCUUACUGAUCACAAUGAAUGCAGUCUAUUUGACCAUCUCAGACCAGUUCCUGCUAGACACUGCUCUCUUCAGGGCAGUUCAGUAUUGCAAGCUACUGUAAGGAUAGAGAAGAAAUUAAAAUGUAUUCCAAAUCUGAAUGAUGUGGACAAGUUGCUGCUCAAUCAAGCACUUGAAUCUGUUGGGAAAUAG